AAAGCCACUUCCCCAGAAGGUGUGUUCAGGCAAGGACAGCAGGGCUAUAAAGGGACCCCAAGAUGCUCAAACCCUCACCUGGCUUUGGACAUGGCCGUGCAGAGUUUCCUGCAGUACGUGGGCUCCAGCUCGCUGCUCUGUCUGGCAGCAGGGCUGUUUGCUCUCCUUUACUUUCUCUCCAGCUCCAAGAAGUCAGUUUGCAAUCUGCCCCCUGGGCCACGACCCCUUCCUCUGAUCGGGAACCUGAACGUGGUGGACCUGAAGAAGCCAUUCCAGUCGCUGACAGAGCUCUCCAAGAUAUAUGGCAACGUCUUCACGGUGCAUUUUGGACCCAGGAAGGUCGUGGUACUCGCUGGAUAUGAAACCAUCAAGGAUGCCCUUUCAAAUCAUGCUGAAGAGUUUGGAGAGAGGGCAGAAAUACCCAUAUUCAGGAAAAUGACACAAGGAAAUGGCAUAGCAUUCAGCCAUGGAGACCUAUGGAAAACUAUGAGAAGAUUUACCUUGUCCACACUGCGAGAUUUUGGAAUGGGAAAGAGAACCCUUGAGAUCCGAAUCCUGGAGGAAGUAAAUUCCCUUAUCAAAUAUUUUGAAUCCUAUCAUGGGAAACCAUUUGAUACAAAAAUGAUAAUCAACAAUGCUGUAUCCAAUGUCAUCUGCUCUAUAUUGUUUGGAGAGAGGUUUGAAUAUGAUGAUCCAGUAUUUCUAACUUUGCUGAAGCUGAUAAAUCAAAAUACUAAGCUAUUGGGCUCCCCUAUGGUGCAGUUAUAUAACUUCUAUCCAUCCCUUGGAUUUCUGUCUGGAGCUUCCAAGACUGUGCUACAAAAUAUCAGUGAAUUGAAUGCUUUUCUCCAGAAGCUCUUCCAGGAACACCAAGAGGAGCUUAAUGAAAAUGACUUAACAGGCUUUGUUGAUGCCUUUCUGGUGAAGCAAAAACAGGAGUCAAAGAAACCACACACUGCAUUCAGCAAUGGAAACCUGAUGUUUUCAACCCUGGACCUCUUUGCUGCUGGGACUGAGACUACAUCCACAACUGUGCGCUGGGGGCUGCUUCUGAUGAUGAAAUACCCAGAAAUUCAGAGAAAGAUUCAGGAAGAAAUGAACCAUGUCAUCGAACCAGGAGAGCUGCCCAGGUUGGAGGACCGGAAAAAAAUGCCUUAUACAGAAGCAGUAAUACACGAAAUACAAAGGUUUGCCAAUAUUGUCCCCAUGGGCGUAUCACGAUCCACUCCCAGCGAUGUGAAUUUCCGAGGCUAUGUGAUUCCUAAGGGUACUGAGAUUAUCCCACUGCUGACCUCUGCUCUGAAUGACGAGUUACACUGGAAAACCCCAGAUCAGUUCAACCCUUCCCAUUUCCUGGAUGCCAAUGGGAACUUCAUUAGGAGAGAAGCAUUUAUUCCAUUCUCCAUAGGACGAAGGGCUUGCCUUGGGGAAGGACUGGCCAAAAUGGAGCUGUUCCUCUUCUUUUCGGGCUUGCUCCGAAAAUUUGUUUUCCAUCCCCCUCCAGGAGUGGAUAAGUCAGACCUGGAUCUCACUGCUGAUGUUGGCUUUACCUUGACUCCCAUGCCUCACCUGGUUUGCGCUGUGCCCUGUGAAUGAUCAAACAACACAGCAUUAGAGUAGUGAACACUUCAAGCUUUAAAUCAAAUCUAGCUACAGUUGGGAAAAGCUGUCCCUGAGCUUUAGGGGAAGGAAGACAUCAGGCACUGUUAUUUUCUCUCAUUCAUGACAUUCCCUCCAACAGCUCUUGCAAUGUCUGUAUAAUGCAAACCCUUUGGACAGCUCUGAGUUGUGCUCUCAGAAACUCUGAUUCAUUCCUGGAACAGCACAUCAGAGAUGCUGUUUUCAGGACAGUUUGAAAGAGUGAAAUGCCUUCAGACCUCCUCUAUAGAUAAAACCCAUUAGAGCUCUCCCCUGACAACCUCUAUGGGGAAUUUCUCAGCCCAAAGUCCAAGCUCUAUAGCAGAGCUGAUUAUCAAUAGCCCAGCUGGAGACAAGAGACACUCAAAGGAUCUGGAAAUCUCCUCAGGAUGGUUGUUCAGCUGAGCCUCAGACUGAGCUUCCAUUGUGCGAUACAACCUGCCUUAUCUUUAUUACACAGUCCCAGACACAAGGGUGUAACAUGGGCUAAUGCCAAGACCCAGGCAGGACAGCUAUCAGGAAACAUCUAAGUGGUUUGGGAAGUGGGUUCUUUCCAACUCACACCAGGCACUUCAUGCUGAACAGCCCGUUUAUGAUGGGGCCAAUUGAGCAGCUUUCCGCUUCUGUUAAGAAAGGCAUUUCUACCACUCCCUCACCUCUCCUGGCUUCAUGCUGGCUCUGGCACCUGUCCAAUCCCUUACUGGGCCAUCUUAGAUCCCUAAACUGGCAGAAAAUGAGCAGCCAUGGCAAGGGAAGAGUUUCUGAAUCAGUGUGGCUGAAGCAAUAGCAGUGUGAGAGCAGUGGAGCUGGGGCUGGGCAGCAGCACUGCCACAUCAGCCAGAGAGCUGGGA